AUGGCUAAAAUUAUUUACCUCUUGGCUCUUUGUAUCACCGCCGUUGUAGCGCUGCCGAGCCAACAAAGGAUAGUUGGCGGCUCAACGGUGAAUAUAAGUAAUUACCCGUUUCUAGUUGCGCUUUUAUUCGCACCAGAUGGUGUGAGUUAUCGUCAAAUAUGUGGUGCGUCUAUCAUCAACAAUAGAUCAGUUCUUACUGCUGCCCAUUGUCUCAGUCAUAGAUUUAAUCAGUAUCGAGUUCGUGCUGGGUCGAGUACUGCAAGCAGCGGUGGUGCAGUUCACAACGCCAAUAGGAUAAUCAUUCAUCCCAAUUACAACCAAUUCACGAUAAACAAUGACAUCGCUGUUUUGAGACUGUCGACACAAUUUUCUUUUGGAAGCAACGUGCGGGUUGGAAGCAUUGCUGGUGCAAAUUACAAUACUGGCGAUAACCAAAGUGUUUGGGUAGCAGGAUGGGGUUUUACAUCAUUCAAUGGAAGACCAUCUGAAAACCUUCGUCACGUUCAGCUUUGGACAGUGAACCAGAACACGUGUCAAAAUGUUUAUGGUACAUCGCAAAUCACGCAAAACAUGCUAUGUGCGGGAUCAAGAGCGGCAGGUAAUGGUGUAUGCACCCAGGACUCUGGAGGACCACUACUUCACAAUAAUGUCAUCGUAGGUAUCGUCUCGUUUGGCGGCAAUUGUGGCCAACCACAAUACCCCGGAGUAUUCGCGCGAGUUUCAAGAUACACCAGUUGGAUCCGGUCUAAUGCAUAA